UUCCUGCUUUGAAAUCUAUAAAUCUUUCAUUCAUUACUUUCUCAGAAGUCAUCAAUUUUCUCAAUGCUAUCAUCUGUAAUACUACUCAUCACCCUGCUUCAGCAGACAUGCGCGUUCCCCCGAAUGUUAGCGGAGCGGUCCGGCACGCUGAAUGUAACAUCUGAACAACAGGAGCUACAAUCACGGGGGCUUCUGGACUUGGUACACUUGAUACCAACUGUACUCAAUCUGAAGCCCGUUCUUCCAAUUGGUCGUAAGCGAAUCCCGGAUGCCGAUCAUCCGUUCAUGCCACCAGGGCCGAAUGACAUUAGAGGCGGUUGCCCGGGUCUCAAUAUAAUGGCAAAUUAUGGUUAUAUUUCUCGCAAUGGCAUCACCGACGCGGGUGAAGUGAUGUACGGGAUGCAAGAGAUGUUAGGAUUUUCGUUCGAUAUUGCUGCGAUCAUCUUAGUGCUAGGCAUAAAAUCUUCCUUUGAUCUCACCACACUCAAAACCUCCAUCGGUCGAACAGACUCUAGGACAGAUGGUCCCCUAUCAGGGCUUUUUGGAACAGCUUCCGGCUUCUUUUCCAAAGCUUCUCAUAACAAGUUCGAAGUCGAUGGAUCCCUGACGCGCGUUGAUGGAUAUUUUGCGAAUGGAAACACCGAUCAUUUUGAUAGCAAUCAUUGGAAACAAUAUCGACAACUUGCCAUUGAUCAUUUUGGAGGAGUGAUGGAUUUCAAAUUCGAAGGAGCAGCCAGGUUCAUGCAGUACAAGGAAUGUCGUGAAAAAAACCCCGAGUGUACAUGGGCUUUGGGAGAACAGCUUCCACUCUAUAUAGCUCAGGCUUUUGUAUCCGACACGUUGACAUCAGCUGAUGAGAAUGGAAACCUGUUACCUCCCGAUGUCAAAUCCGUCGAGACCUUCUUUGGAAUAGUUGAAAAUCCAGAUGGGACGUUUUCACGUGGCGUUGGUAAAUUACCACCUGGUCCCGAUGGAUAUUGGUAUCGUCGUUCAGUACCCCUGACAUUCGUCGAGCAGACCUUGAGUUUAACCCAAACACUUCUUCCUUAUCCCGUGGUAUUCGGGAGAAACAAUGGAAAUCUUGGCCAUUGGGACGCGGACUUGACUGACCUGCGGAACAUUGAGCAGGCCAAUGUUGCUUGUUACAUACUUCAACAAACGCGAGAUCCCAAGGACUCAAAACACGCCAAUAAUCCGGUAUUAAAUAAAGCUUUAGGUGUCCUGCUUAGCAACACUCUUCAACCCAUUUUUGAACAACUUGGCUGCAAUUGAGAAAACCGGUUUUCUAGGCGGCUGUCAUACGCUCGUUUUAUUGUUUCUUCUUCUGCAUUAUUUUAUUUCAUCAAGCGUCGUCAUGCCCUACGAAUCAUGUACCACCACAACGUACGGAACCGCAUUAUUGAUGUUUUGAAUUCACGCAAUCAAUCUACAUUGUUCUUGAGAUUUGAGACAUUCGAAAACCAUAAGCAAUUUCUCGAGUGCAAAGUCAGAUCAAGAAUCUUAGGGCUGUAAAGAAACUAUGAAGGCACGGUUACCGUAAAAAUUGUAAAAGAUGCAACUGAGAAUACUUCAACAACAGGAAAGAGAAAAUGAAAAACAUUCCUACACAC